UUUAAGUUAAUUAUAAAGUAACUUAUUUCAUAGGGUUAAGUUUUAAAUGUUAAGGAAAUCUUUUAGUAAUGCUAUGUGGAUUUUGAAUUCAUAAUUUAUGAAAUCCUUAAAAUAUAAACUAGAUAAAAUAAAAAGCUAUUAGAAACUUGAAAGUUUUAUGAUAGUCUGUCUUAUGUGCCAAUAAAUCCAUGAAAUCAAGUAAUAUAAACUGUCAAGUACAAUUACUUAGUUUUAAUUAGAUAACUCAGUACCUUCAAGGUAGUAUUUAGUAAUUUAACACCAAGCAUGCUGCAGUUGUAUCUUGAAUCUGUCCAUGAUUGUCCAUUAUUAUACAAUUUUCAUAGUCUAUAAUUAAUUAAGACUGAUAGCGACUAGAUCACCUAUCAACAAACAUUACCUAAACUAUAUUCAUGAACUUUGGCAGCAGAAUGUAUGAAUUGAUGCAUUAUCACUCAUAAUGGUAUUUCACAAAAUAACAUAAUAUAAACAAGCAUUUUACCUACUCAAUGCAUAAUAUUUUUCAGCAGAAAUUUCAUACUCCAUCAUGUGAUAACUACUUAUCUUGCCAAAUCAUGUCCCCACAUUUACAAUUUUGUCAGUCACAUCACAAUGGCAAAUUAGGAAAAAUUUUUUGAUGUAUCAUUCUUUUGAGAGCAGUGUUUUUGCUAUUGAAAAUGUUUUGGGUAUUUUGUUCAUUGAUAUGGAGUAAGAAGUUGGCCACACACCUGUAAUAUAAAGUAUUAUUAAGUACAUAAAUGCUCAAACUUUUUUAUCAGGCUCAACAAAAAAGUUACAAUUUUACCUAAUGUACUGAAUCUCUAUUAAUAAGCCUUUUAUGUCUCCAUUGUGAUGAUUGUAAUGUUGAAACAAAUCACUGCCACAUUGAACAGUUUUGCACCAGGUUAACAUUUCCUAAGAUAUCAAAAUAUUGAACUUUAGUUGGUGCCUUUUGCUGAUCGCUGUGCUGACUCGUGAUACUUGCGUAAUAUUUUUACAUGACACUAAAAUUAUUUGUCAUACUUAAAUGAACUGCACUACAAUUGCAAAGCAACUUUUUAAAUCUGAUGAAUCAUAUAAAUAAGAAAAAGAAAGGAUCCUACAACUUUUUUAGAACUUACUCUGUAAAUUAAAUCUUUAUGGUAAUUUCUUAGUGAUGUAUAACACCAUCGUCAGACUAAUGUUAUCUCGUACUUUAGCAUGCUAGAUUUUGUUUUAAUUUUACCUUUCUGUUAGUUAUUCGUAAAUAUUUGUUGUUUUCUUAUCCUUGUUUUUCUUUUGUGCCGCCAAAUCACAUGAAAUGUGAUCCUCAUGACAUUUUAUAUGCUAUGAUGUAAUGUAAACCCUUUAUGUUUUACAUAACUUCUUGAGCUGUUACAGAAAUGUUUGUUUUUUUUAUUAAACUUUGCCCUCUGUUUUUGUGACUUUUUUUUCCUCCAUUUUCGCUUUAUUUGCUUAAUUUAGUUAUUGUGUAGUGUCAAUGUACUAUAAAUGUUUAUUACUCAUAGUAUUUACGUAGUGUUAGGUCUUUCAAAUUUUAUUAAAGGCAUUGCUAGUUGCUAGAUGAAUUUGCUUCAGAAUAGAAAUUAGAGACUAAAAAUUCUAUGAUUGGGAAGGCUGUGAAUUAAACUUGUGUAAUGAACACUUGACUUUGGCAAAUAUAGAUUCAGGUAGAUUAUUGUAUGUGUAGAUUCAUCAAUGUUUAAUAUUUUUUUCGUCGAUUCUUAAAGUAUUUCUUACAUUAGUGUAGAAAAUUAAACAGCAUCAUGGUAAAUGGUUUUUUAAUUUAUUACAUCAAUACUUUUUCAGUCAAACCUACCCUUAGAAAUCAAUAGUUAUUUAUGGGCUAGUUUAUAGCAACAUUAUCCAUACAAGUCCUUGAGGCUGUUGCGUCUCAAGUAUUAUUCCACGCUUCUCAAUCAUUCUGGAUACCUACGGAUUGUUCGAAAGAGUUGCUGCGGCCUAAAUACACAAGGGACUCCAGAAGAACCAAAUAAGUCCGAGACCCUCUCCUUUAAGUGUAGGAACCACAGCGCGAAGGAAAGAUUUCCACCGAAACAAAUGAGUAUCUCUCAACCUCAAAAGACCCUGAAUAUUAUAGUCAGUCACUAAAAACUACCUAUGGUUUGAAAGGUAUUUGAUCAGAAGGUACCUACAUAAUAUGACCUGGAAUUCACACAUUACUUUGUUAAGGGGAAACUUAUCUUUGAACAAUUCUCAAUCACGUUUAUUAGGUACGCGGAAAGAUUACCUAGAUAUAUUCACGUAAAACAUAUCGCCUCUAGUAAUUCAAGCACGUUUCGUUGUGCGGCCAAACUGCUGACUUAGCCAUGUUUACUUGGAUAUUUACCCGGACUUGGAGAUGGAAUGAAUAGAUAAUUUUGAUCGGAUCUGAAUAUAAGUUUAGUGUAGUUUUCAAAAGUUUGGUCAGUGAUGUGAUUGUCUGAAGAGGGGAAGGUGUGGCGGUCACCUGAAUAUUGGAGAACUUGUAGAAGGCUCAAUCUUCGAUAUCAUCAAAAUGCGUGGAGUCCAGUGGCUACUUCUAGCAGUGUGUCUGUUCCUGACAGUUGCAUCCGAAGCCAAGAGGAAGGCCAAACGAGAGAACUACGUCAGCGCCCCCUCUGAGGAAGAAAAUAACUACGAUGACGAUUAUGAAGAGCUGGAACCAUGUCAAUGUGGCGUGUUCCUGUCGCAGCAGGUCGGUAUCAAGGAGAACAACCGUCGCAGUCGUCCGCGCGGCCCUCCCCAGGGUGAGCCUGUGGUCACCUACGACACCGACUCACCCAGCCUGCCCUGCGGCACGGGAGGAUUCAAGAGCUGCGUCAGCCGCUGUCUUGAUGUGAUCUUGAAGUAUCUCCCUCGAGCCGGCCCUGUGAUCUGCGGGGCGGUGGAACGCGACGUGCACAGAGAAAAGGCGUUCCUCUUCAUAAAGAACUGCGGCGGUGAAUGGACGCCCACCAGCUUCUCAGCAGGCAAGGAGUUCUGUUGCACCGAUGGGGAACAUCAUAAGUGCUGAACAAUUCCAAAAUACGUACAGGAUACCUAGUUUCGAUUAUUAUAAGUUGACAUUGAUGUUUUUAUACCUUAUUACCAUAUUGGAUUUUGAGUGGGGUUCGCGUUCACAUACACAUAAUAUGGAGUUCCUAAUCCAUGAAUCUCACUAGAGAAUAGAGAUGCACCUAGUUACUUAGCGUUCAUUUUAAAAUUGUUACUCUGUACUUUUAUUACACUUAUCUAGGGAAGUUACGUCUAGCAUUUUGAAUAUUAGCAAUUGUUGCUAUAAUAAUGAGACAGCGGAGUCAAUCAUGAAGUCAAUUUGUCAAAACGUACACGAGUACAAUUUGUUUGAGGACCAAAGUCGAACGCGCGGACGUUUCCUUGUGAUGUCUUAUUAAAGUGCUGUGUCUAUGUUCAAUCUUUAGGUAUAAAAAUAUUUAUACCUAGUUGUAAUUUUCAAAGCGCUUGAGUUGUGAUAAUGUUCCUUCGCAAAUCUUGAUGUUGUAAUUUUUUCUGAUGUGGAUAAAAGGGACAUUAGAUGAACUAGAAUUCAUAAUAUAUUUUAGGAGGCGUCUGCAUCUAGGAUUUAAGUCAUAUUUGGGUUAAUUAUUUAUUUUUAUAAUGUGGCAGCAGUGCCAGUAGUAUAAGUACCUAUGUAAGUAAUACAUUUUAGUUCGACAAACCUAACAUAAUUAUUCUGAUAGCGGUAGGAAAGCGCGCUCAUCACAUUAGUUAAUGUCCAAUUAAUGAUUGUAAUUAAUUUCAAUAAAAAGUGUAAGUACUUAAGUUAAUGUAAUGGUAGUGCAUUUGUAAUCUGCUUUCUUUUAUUACCUAUGUAUAGAUAUGUAGACAUGCUAUUAGAAUGCGCAGUUAAUUAGUUUUCUAAUAAACGAAUUCAAUGAAAUUGGACUUUAAAUGCAUUGCUAACUCAUGUAAUUGUAUAAUUUAUGUAAAUUAUUUAUUAAACCUAGUUUAUUGCUUAAUAAAGUAAGUGCUAAUACCUACUGGCGUCUGGUUUUAACAAACGUGUUACCUA